AUGCUCUUGAACAGACCCCCUUUCGUGGUUAUCUCCUUGCUUACCCUUACGGCCUGCGCAAAUCUCCUUAGCUGCGAGGAAUUCAUUUUCCCUAUCACUGCAACAGCGCGGAAUCGGGCAGUUAGGGAAUCAGCAGGUGGUCUGGCAGAAUCAGCUCCCACCCACCGCACACAAGGACCGCAGCAGCCAGAAUACGUGAAUGUGACAGCAGAGGUGGGUAUCAGUCUGAGAUACUGCAAGCCCCCAACUUUGAUUCCGUCCCGGGAGUCGACGAUCCAACUUCUUGUCCAUGGUAUCACUUACAACAAGAAUUACUGGUCCGCUCUCCGCCCACCUGCUGCACUCCCUAGCCCAAUGGACCGAUAUUCCUGGGUUAGAUACGCUGCUGAACACGGCUAUGCAACGAUCUCGAUUGACAGAAUGGGGAAUGGCCUGUCUUCCAGGCCGGACCCGUACACCGUCGACCAGCUCGCCAUGCAUGUUUCCAUCAUUCAUAAGCUUGUCAGGGCUCUGAGAACCGGGACCCUGCUGGGACGCCCUUUCGCGAAAGUAGUCUAUGUUGGACAUUCAUUUGGAUCGGUGAUCGGUUAUAACCUGGUCGCGAUCCACCCGGAGACCGUUGAUGCAUUAUUCCUGACCGGGUUCUCUAUCCCUGAUAUCUCCACCUCAUAUCUGGUGCCCGUGUCUCGCCUAACGCUUGGUAAAUAUUCCGGCUUGAGUGACGGAUACCUUGUCAGCUCGUCGCCGGCCGGGCGAAGGGCGAGUUUCUUUGGCUCGAACGGAACAUUCGACCCGGAGAUUGCGCGGAUGGACUUCGAGAUGCAGGACACGGUGGCUGCCGGGGAGUUUCUCGUAGGAAAUACUGCACCGCCGGUCAAUUACGCAGGGCCGGUGGCCGUGAUGGUAGGUGACCAGGAUGUGGCGAAGUGCAUGGCCGGAUUUUGUGGAAACGAGUCUCACUUUCAACCCGCUGUAGUUCGGCAGCAAUUCCGAAGAGCCUCGAACUUCUCGUACUAUGUUCUCCAACAUGUUGGGCACGCUAUCAAUCUUCAUUACGCAGCUCCUCAAGCCUAUCGGGUUGCUUGCGAGUGGUUACAGCUACACGGAUUCUAG